AUGAGAAAAAGAAAUAUGUUUGAAAAAAUCGACGGAGGAGAUAUUAAAGCUUAUCAAGAAAAGGAUAUCUAUGGUCCACAAAUCAAAGACAAAGAUGGGGAGCUGCUUGACCAACACGAUAGUUUUUACAUCACUACAAAGAGCCUGCUGGUUCUCUUUCAGAUCAUGGGCGUCAUGCCGAUAAUGAGAGUGCAUAGACAGACACAAACAACUAAACGUACAACAUACAACUGGAUUUCCAAAGCAACGUUGUGGGCUUAUCUUGUUUGGAGUCUUGAGAGUAUUAUCGUGGUAAAAGUCGGCAGCGAGCGUCUAGCGAACUUUCAACAGAACUCCAACAAGCGUUUCGACGAGGUUAUCUACAAUAUAAUAUUUCUCAGCAUUCUCAUCCCACACUUCUUGUUACCUAUCGCCUCCUGGCGACACGGGUCUGAGGUUGCUAUAUUUAAAAACAUGUGGACGCAUUACCAGUUGAAAUACCUUAAAAUUACUGGCACACCAAUCGUAUUUCCAAAUCUAUAUUCGCUUACAUGGGGUCUGUGUAUAUUUUCGUGGGCUCUCAGUUUCGCUGUUAUUCUCUCGCAAAAUUAUUUGCAAGAUGACUUUGAACUUUGGCACUCUUUUGCAUAUUAUCACAUCAUUGCCAUGCUAGACGGCUUCUGUUCAUUGUGGUAUAUUAACUGCAAUGCAUUUGGAACGGCAUCUAAAGGAUUAGCGAAAAACCUUCAUAAAGCUUUGGAAGCUGAACAUCCAGCUUUGAAAUUAGCACAGUUUCGCCAUCUUUGGGUUGACUUGUCGCAUAUGAUGCAACAAUUGGGUAGAGCAUACUCAAAUAUGUACGGUAUAUAUUGCAUGGUAAUAUUUUUCACUACAACAAUUUCCUUGUAUGGCUCCCUCUCCGAGAUACUGGAGCAUGGUUUAAGCUACAAAGAAAUGGGAUUAUUUGUGAUAGUGGGCUAUUGUAUGACCCUACUUUUCAUCAUUUGUAAUGAAGCUUAUCACGCUACGAGGAAGGUCGGUCUAGAAUUUCAAAUGCGUCUUUUGAAUGUUAAUCUGGGCGCUAUCGAUCGCAGCACGCAGCGUGAGGUUGAGAUGUUUCUAGUUGCUAUCGCCAAGAAUCCGCCCAUCAUGAACCUUGAUGGAUUUACUAACAUUAACAGAGAAUUGUUUACUGCGAACAUAUCAUUCAUGUCUACAUACCUCAUAGUCCUUAUGCAGUUCAAGUUGACACUUCUGAGACAUGGUACGAAAGUGGUCAAGAAAAUCGUGAGCACAAUAUUCAAUACGUCCACUACUUUGGCUCCGGAUGAUGAGGAAUAUGACGAAUAA